AUGUCAACCGAAAAUACCUUUAAAAACUCACUCAAGAACUUUCAAUCAUCCAGAGGAGGAAACAAAGCCAGCAUCUCUUUACCUACAAAUACAGGUGCAUCGUCCACAUCGGGUUCAGCAUUUCAGUCAUUCCGUGAUAGUGCAACAAAUGUCUUCUCAAGCGUAUCAAGUACAAUUCAAGGUUACAAUCCAUUAAGCAGUGGUGAUAUUGAAGAAGAAGAGGAUCCUUGGUAUCAACUGUCUCGUGUAGAGAGAGUGAUGGCUUUUGCUUUGUGUCUUGUAUUGGGCGUGGGCUGUUUUGCUCUGUCCUUUUUCUUUUUACCUUUAUUCCCGGGAAAAUUCGCUGCUACAUUUACAUUGGGUAGCAUCUUGAUUUUGGUGAGCGUAGCUUUACUACGUGGUCCAUUAUCCCAUAUCAAACACAUGAUAUCAAUGGAAAGAUUACCAUUCACAGUCUCGUAUGUUGGAUCCAUGAUAUUGACAUUGUAUGCAGCUUUGGGUUUGCGUGCCAUGAUUUUGACCAUCAUUUUUGCUAUUAUUCAAAUUAUUGCAUUGAUCUGGUACGUUGGAUCGUACAUUCCUGGAGGUGUCUCCACCUUAAGGUACGGUUCAGCAUAUAUCGGUAGAAGAGCUGUUUCUGUACUUCCUAUUUGA